AUGAAGGAAGAGAAGAGGAAGAACAUAGAAGGAGCAGAGAGACGGAUAAAGGAAAGGAAGAAGAAGGAGAAACAGAACAAAGUAGAAAUAAAUCAUGUUGAGAAGACAGAGAAAAGAAGAAAAGAAGAGAUAAAGGUAGAAGGAACGACAAUGGAAAUUAUAAGAUAUACAGGAGCAGAUAUAAAUGUAAUUACAGAGGAAGCAGUCAAGGAGAUAGGAAUGGAAGGAUACGAGACAGAAGAACAGAUAGUAGAAAACAUUUUCGGAACGAAAUAUAAACUAACAAAGGAGAUAUGGAUAACAUACAAGGCAGGUGAUACAGACAGAACAGACAGAUUCAGGAUAGUGGAGGCACCAGGAAUGAGAAUUUUGAUAGGAAAAGACACCCUAGGAGAAAUGGAAGAAAAUGGGAAAGCAUGGAGAGAACUGAAUCAGGAAUAUAAACAGAUACUAGGAGAAGAAGCGACAGGAAAGGUAAAAGGAGUGGUAGCAGAAAUAGAAACAAUACCAGGGAAGCGAAUAACAAUGAAAGGAAGGAGAUGGGAAUACAAAACGAUGAAAGCGGUAGAAGAAAAAGUGGAGGAAUUGGAGAGUAAAGGAUUAGUGAGAAGAUCGAGAUCAAGCUGGUUCAACCCGAUUAGACCAGUAUGGAAGCCAAAUGGAAAGAUUAGAUUGACACUGAAUCUAUAUUUUUUGAACAAGAUAGUGGCAAAUGACAGAUACAGUUUACCAAGGAUGCAAGAAGUGAUCGAGGCAGCACAGGGAAUGGAAUAUUUCACAGUGUUAGAUUUGAAAGAUGCAUAUUUUCAGAUAGAAUUGAGAGAAGAGGAUAGACAUAAGACAGCAUUUUAUGUGGGAAAUAAGUUAUACGAAUGGAAUGUGAUGCCACAAGGAUUUAAGAAUUCAUCAGCGAUAUUUCAAAGGGUGAUGGAUGGCAUAUUAAGAGAAGAAUUGAAUAAGUGUUGCAGAACAUAUCUAGAUGACAUUGUGGUAUUUGGAGAGGACAAAGAAACGCAUGAUAGGAAUAUACGACAAGUAUUGAAAAGGUUGAAGGAAAACGGACUGACGCUGAACAAGGAAAAAGUACAAUUCAGACAGAAAACGGUUAAAUUAUUAGGGAGUUACAUCACAGGGAGAACACAAGAACCAGAUAAUGCGAGACAAAAGAAAGCAUUACGAUAUGAAGAACCAAAGAAUAAGAUACAGCUACAGAGUUUCUUGCAGUUUGCGAAUGUAUAUACGAGAUACAUACAAGGUUUCGCAGAUAAGGCAGCACCGAUAUACGAGUUAUUGAAGAAAGGAAGAAGAUUCAUAUGGGAGGAAGAACAGAAAAAAGCAUACACAGAGAUAAUGAGAGAAUGUAGGAAAAGAACGGUAACGUUCUUACCAGAUCAUAAGAAGGAAUUCAUAAUCGAGACAGAUGCAGCGGAUUUAGCAAUGGGAGCAGUCCUGCUACAAGAAGAUGAAGCAGGAGAAGAACGAAUAGUAGCAUGGGGAUCAAAGAAGUUUUCGGAAGCAGAAAGGAAGGCGGGUAUUACGGAAAAAGAAUACCUAGCAGUAGCAUUUGGAAUAGAGCACUUCAAAUAUUAUAUAGGAGGAAGCAAAUUUACAUUGAGAACAGACCACAAAGCAAUAGAAUACUUUGAAAACAAAGAUGCACUAGGAACAAACAAAUUGGAAAGAAUAAGAGAUAGGCUACAAACGUAUAACUUUACAGUGGAAUACAGACAAGGGAAAGAGAUGUUUAAGCCGGAUGCGCUAAGUAGGAUGUACACAGAGGAAACAAAUGAAGCGGAAAGAGCGGAAAGAAUGGAGAUAGUCAAGGAAGAACAUGAAUCAAAAGGACUACAUAAAGGUAGAAAAGCGAUGGAAUACAAGCUAGGAAGAAUGUAUGAAUGGAAGGAUUUGAAGAAGAUCAUAGAACAAGUGAUACAAGGAUGUGAAAAAUGUAGAAGGAACCCGACAAAGAAGAAGGGAGGAGAGAAAUUUGUAGAAGUAGAGAGACCAAUGCAGUUAGUGGCAAUGGAUUUGGUAUACAUAGACCAGACUACACCGAUAUUAUCCAUAUUGGAUUAUUACACACGAAAGAUAUGGAUGGAGAGAUUGGAGACAAAAACGGAAGAGGAAGUGGUAAGGAAGAUUGAACGGUUUAUAGGAAGAGGUUUGAAACCGGAAAAGAUAGUGACAGACGCAGGGAAGGAGUUUGCAAAUAGGACAUUACAAAGAGUACUGUCAAUGAAUGGAAUAGAGCAUCAUAUGGUGACACCAGAACAUCACCAAGGAAAUGGAAGGAUAGAGAGAAUGCACAGAGAUUGGAAUGAGUAUUUAAGAAAGAAUACGGAAGAAGGAAAAGAGAGAAACGUACAAGAAUUAAUAGAGGAUUUUGUAACAGGAAAAAAUCAGAUGUAUAGAAGAUGCAUUGGAAUGACGGCCGAGGAAGCAUGGAAAUGGCCAGAGAGCGAGCAGUUGAAAACUAGCAAUAAGAGAACAGGAAGAUAUGCUAGAGAAUUUAAGGAGAAGCGACGAGAAAAAUUCAAGGAAGGACAGGAGAUUUACAUUAGAAGAACAGAGAUGGAAAUGAACAGUAAGAUAGGUCCAAAAUGUAUCAAAGAAGGUAUGGUGGAAAGAAAGAUGGAGAAUGACACGUAUUUAGUAAGAGAAAAGGACUCAGGAAAAGUGAAGAAGAAAUGCCAUACACAAAUAGCAAGAAAGGAAAAUUUUACCCAGAAUGACAGCACCACAAUCAGAGGAGAGGAACACGAGGACAGAGGCAGCAGGAAUGACGACAAGGAUAACAAUGACGAACUUACAGACAACAGUACGGAUGAUCAACACGUUAGAAACACCAGCGGCAGCGAAAUAUGCACUGGUUAUAAGGAAUGCAGAGGAAGAGGUACUGCAAUGGAUGAACGAGAAGGAUGUAGGGAACUUCACGAACUUAAUGUCGCAGACAGAGACAUUAAUCAAGGAACAGAGGAUGGCAGUAAAUCAAUUAGCAACAGAAGUAGCAGAGCCCAGGAUGGGCACGGAAAUGCCGACGGAAUACUUGGAAAGAAUGAUCAGGAAACUGGAUAA